AUGGCGCAGACAUCAGGUAAACCCGUGAUUGUCCAGUGGAUUGUAGACACACGGAAGCUAUGGCCAAGCGCCGAGAAGACAGCGCAGCUCGAGACAGCUGCCGCGAGGGCCCUUGCCCUCCUCACGCAGGAUGAGCGGAAGGCUGUGCUGCGGUACCUAUUCGUCCGCGACGCCAAGAUGUCGCUGGCCUCGCACCUGCUGAAGCACUACGUGGUCAGCAAGUUCUGCGGCGUGCCGUGGUGGGAGACCAAGAUCACGCGCAACGCAAAGACCAAGCCGGUCUACAUCGACACGGCAACGGGCAAAUCGCCGGUUGAGUUCAACGUGACGCACCAGGCGGGGCUCGUCGCUAUGGUGGCGUCCUACGGCUACGAGGACGUCGACGUCGGCGUAGACAUUGUAUGUGUCAACGAGAGGCAGGAUCGCGACCAUGCGGCCAUCGGCAGGGAAGGGUGGGGGUCCUUUGUGGACAUGCACGCGGACGUGUUCGCACCGUCCGAGGCCAACUACCUCAAGUACCAGGUCCUGAGCGCGGUGCCGGGGCUGCCCAAGGGGGCGACGCCGGCGCAGGUGGUGGACUUCAAGCUCAGGUGCUUCUACACGCUGUGGUGCCUAAGGGAGGCGUACGUCAAGAUGACCGGGGAGGCGCUGCUGGCGCCAUGGCUCAAAGUGCUGGAGUUUAGGAACUUCAAGCCCCCGCAGCCCACCGAGUCGUUCGAUGGGUCGAACGCGGACGGGUCCGAUGCGGUCAAGGAACAUGACAUCUGGUUCGAGGGCAAGAAGGUGGACGAUGCGAACGUGUGCCUCAGGUCACUGGGGCCGGAUUACAUGACCUGCACGGCGGUCAGGACGCCGCAGCAGAAGGAAGUGGGGUUGGAUCUGGAUCUCGGACCAUUCGAAUUACUCCCCCUGGAUGAGAUCUUGGAGUUUGCCGAGUCUAGGAUAUAG